AUGGAUCUAAAUCCAAGAUCUAUGAGUAGUGGGGGUCAAACAAGUGAAACUACAAGAUAUCCUCUUAUAAGAACAAUACUUUCUUGGUUGAUUGAUAACAAAAAGAUUCAAGAGAACACAAUUCUUCGAUAUCUGGAAUGUAACAGUGAUGAAGCUACACUAGAGGGAACAAUUAAAGGUCAUGGCAUCUUAUGCCAUUGUUGCUCUCAAAUAGUAACAUUAGUGGAAUUUCAAGCACACGCUGGUAGUAGAGGCCUAGAUCGACCAUUGGCAAGAAUUUUUGAUGAGCUUGGUAUUUCAUUAAUGGACUACAUGGAUGAAGCUUGGUAUAUAACCCAAAAAGGAAUUAAAUCUCUUGAGCACAAUGAAAUAGAGCGAAGAAACAAAACAGUUGAUGAGUAUGAUGCUGCAUGUGUUAUCUGCGCAAAUGGAGGGGAUUUGCUAGGAUGUGCCAAUUGUGUUUCAACUUAUCACUUAGGUUGUGUUGGUGUAAAGGAUGUUGUAGAAGGAAAUUGGUUAUGCCCCUAUUGCAUUUGCAAAUUUUGUGGGAAGCCUUCUACAUACAAAGAAUGUUUGAUCCCAUGUUCGCAAUGUGAAAAGCGUUAUCAUUGGAAAUGCUUUCAAGAAAGGAGGACUGGAAAGCCUACAUAUUUGAACAUCACAUGUACACCAGUAUGUGAUCACACAUGUAGAAAGGUAUAUCAAGAACUACUGACUAGAGUUGCGAUUCCAAAUGAGCUUGGCGAUGGAUAUUCAAUGACUUUGCUCCAUCGAAUUCACCAAGAGUCUGAAAAAUCUUUUGAUGAGGCAUAUCGCUUUAUUGUUGGUCAUACAAACCUUGCAAUAGCAAAGAGAUUAAUGGAAGAUUGCUUUUAUUCGACUAAUGAUGAUCACAUGACAAGUAUGAACUUGAUCAACCACUUCAUUUUUAAUCAAGAGUCACAUUUCUCUAUAAUUGAUUUUAGAGGAUUUUAUACAGCUGUUUUGGAGAAGGAUGGCAUUAUUAUCUCAGCGGCAUCUCUAAAAGUUCAUGGGAACAAGUUUGCUGAGAUUCCCUUGAUCGCAACAUGUGAAAACUAUCGCAAUCAAGGAAUGUGCAGAAAACUAAUGACCGAAAUUGAAUCGACUCUUAAUCAUCUGAAUGUGGAGAACUUGGUUAUUCUAUCCACCAAAGAAAUGGUUGGUGUGUGGAUGUCAAGAUAUGGAUUUAAGGUGAUUGAGAGUUCAUUAGCAGAGGAUCUAAUGCAUAGAAAUGCAUUGAUGUUCCAUGAUACUGUUAGAUUAUACAAGAGAUUAACACCUAUUCAGACAAUUGAAAGAAAGACAUCGCCAUGUAACUCGGACGAUAUUCUUGAAGAUCUUAAUUAG